GGGGCGGGGCGUGGCCGGACCGGCUGAGUGACAGUAUCGCUAUUUCUGGAUGUUUAAUUUGCGCGGGAAGGUGUCUCAGGGUUCUGGCGGGUGAUUUAAACCCGGGAAUAGGCGGUAAGAGCAGCCAUGGAUCCCUCUGAGGUGGAGUUUCUCGCAGAGAAGCAGACUGUGACCAUUAUUCCCAACUUCAGUCUGGAUAAAAUCUAUUUAAUAACCGGAGAUUUGGGACCGUUCAAUCCAGGGCUUCCAGUCGAUGUACCUGUGUGGCUCGCUAUUAAUCUGAAACAGCGACAGAAGUGCAGGAUUGUAGUUCCAGAUUGGAUGGAUGUGGACAAACUUGAACAAAUCAAGGAACAGGAACGUAAAGAAGAAACCUUCACCCCGAUGCCCAACCCACAUUACAUGGAACUGACUAAGUUGUUGUUGAAACAUGCCUCUGACAAUAUUCCCAAAGCCGACGAAAUCCGGACCUUGGUCAAAGAUACUUGGGAUACUCGCAUUGCAAAGCUGCGGUUAUCUGCAGAUAAUUUUGUGAGUCAACAGGAGGUGCAUGCAAAGCUGGACAACCUCACACUGAUGGAGAUUAACACAAUCGGGACUUUCCUCACAGAAUCACUGAAUCAGAUGCACAGUCUCCGUGCAAACCUUCAGCCUGGGGAGAAGACUCAGUCACAGGACUAUUAAACUGCUUUCUCCAAGGAGGUCAUUUCCUCCUUGAAAAGUGAAAAGCUUGGGGGAGAGCAGGUGCCGAGAGAACCAAAUUCAGCAAGGAAGGAACGAGCAGGGUGGGAUUAUUGUGCUGGCAAUCUGAGAUACUGGCAAUAUCCCUGCAAUGCGAAAGAUUAGUGCUUUGAUUAUUUUCACUACUGUGUCAGAAGUUUCUCUUUUCAGAUGCUGACUGAGCAGUGAAAGACUUCCAAAGUUUUUUGUUUCCAAUCCUUUGCUGUAGGUUUAAUGUUUUCCUAAAUAGUGUUAUAUUUAAUAUUAUGGUUUAAAUAUAAAAAUGGGUGGCAGUGGGAAUAUAGUUUUUAAAAAAACACAAACACAGUAGAUUUGGUUUAUAAAUUGAUUCUUUAAUUGAAUUUACUCACUAUCUCAUUGCAUCAUAGACUUACCUGCCAUUUUCUUUUAAAAUAAUGGUUUUGAUUGUUCAAUUGUGUCUGUGUUUAGUCACAUUUUUGACAUUCUGGAAAACCUUUCUUGGGGGAACAAAAAUCCAGAUAGUUGUUGGCUCAAUAACUCUGAAGUGAAGAUAGUGAGGCUGGGUAAAUCUCAGGAAAACUAUUUUGAUUCCCACUGUAUUUUGAGCCUGUAGCUAGUGAUCAUAAUGACAAGGGAGGAGGAGCUGUGGUUAACUAUGUGGAUGAUAAAUGGGAAAAUCCAGCAAGGGUUGGAUUCUCUGGACUGCUAUAAGCCUUCAUCAUUUGAACAUAUUCCCUUAAAAUUAAAAACUGGAUCAGACUUGUCCACAUCUGAUUUCCUUUUAAAUUUACAGUGAAUAGUUAUUUGUUUGAUCGUGGGUCAAUUUGUUUUUUUUUAUUCACUUUUGGGACAUUGGCAUCGCUGGCAUGCUGCCAUUUAUUGCCUGUGCCUAGUUGCCCUUGAGAAAGUGGUGGUUAGCUGCCUUCUUGAACUGCUGCAGUCCAUAUGCUGUGGCUUGACCCACAAUGGCAUUAGGGUGGGAGUUCCACGGUUUGGACCCAGCAACCAUGAAAGAAAGCAAUUUAUUGCCAAGUCAGGAUGGUGAGUGGCUUGGUGGGGAGCUUUCAGGUGGUGGUGUUCACAUCUAUCUACUGCUUUUGUCCUUUCUAGAUGGUAGUGUUGGUAGGAUUGGUUGCAGUCCAAGGAUCUUUGGUGAAUUUCUGCUGUGUAUCUUGUAGUUGGUACACACUGCUGCUACUGAGUGUCAGUGGUGGA